UUCCAACGCAUUCUUCAGUAUGUCCUCCAAAGCUACCACCGCUAAGCAGGUCAGAGAUAUGGCCCGGGACUGGGAGAGCAGCAGGGCACAUCUGAGAGAGGCCUUUCGACGACCAGAGCCCCCUCAGCCCAGAGUCGAGAGGCGUCAGAGGAGUCAGAGGCAGAGGGACCCUAAGCCGAGGGAGGCGAGACCGUCUCGAGGAGGACGAAAGACCCUAGCUAGGAGAGAGGAGGAGCCGGAGCCAGAGGCUGAGGAACGAGGCGCGUACCCUGAGUGUGGGUUGGGACCAGUGGAGUUCCAUCGGUUUGCCGAGGGUGGAUUGAGGGGGUCGCCAGCACGCACACAGGGGGAGCCGCCAGCAUCUGAGGGGCCUUUGAGGGAGUUGGAGACGCAUUUGGAUAUCUCUCAGUGGAGGGCGUCGCCUCGAGGUGAGGAGCAUGGAGAGCAGGCGGAGGAGGUGCCACAGGAGGAGGUGCCACAGGAGGAGGUGCCACGGGAGGCGGUACCACGAGAGGAGGUGCGACGAGAGGAGGUGCCACGAGAGGAGGUGCCACAGGAGGAGGUCCAGGAUACUCAGCGAGAGAGAGAGCUAGGCGACAAGGGGAGACGUGUAGGGAAGGAAGUGAUAGAGGUUGGAGAGGACACGCCCGCUCAGACGCCAACAGUGGGUUUGAGACUCGGGGAUGCACCGGGAAGCACUCACCAGGCAGGGGAGAGACACCUAGCAGCUUAUGCCGUGGAGCACCCAUACCUGGAAGAGCCAGCACCUGAAGAGCCAUGCCAGGAGCCGUGUCAACCCGAGAAGGAGAUGGAAGCUGAGAUCCCGAAGAGGGUCGACCUCCGCAUGAGGGAAAGGGCGCCAGCUGGAGAGACAGCAGAGGAAAAGAGGGCGAGAAGAACCAGGAGGAUAGACGAGAUAUGGCAAGAGAGGCAGAGAUUGGAGGCAGCGGGGGAGCUUCUAGAGCAGCAGCAGGAGAGGCAGAAAUCGGAGGCAGCAGGAACACUCCCAGGUCAGCCACCCAGCGCGGCAGCUAGGGCCCCGGAGAUCCCUGAGAUGUGGAGGGACUUCUGGGAGCAGACAGGAGAGGAGCUUCCUUCGCCAGUCAGAGCCGGGUUUGGGGUAGCAAGAAAGGCGGAAGAGAGAUUGGAUCGAAAAAUCAAGUUCCUGGCCAAAACAACUUGUGACCGACACUUGUUAUUGGAGGGCGAUCUGGUAGGGAAGAAAAUAAAGGAAGCAAGCCAUGGAGUACGCCUGGAGGCUAUGGAGAUGGAAAUCCAGGAACUCGGGGCAUUGGUGGCCAGCCAGGCAGCUAUCAUUGAGAGCCUGAGGCAACAAACUCAGGGAAAGGUGGACAAGCCAGAGAGCAUCUGGGCAGGCGAGCAAAGGCAUUCAGGACAGGGAUUGCCAGGACAGCUAUCUGCAGUAGAGCCUCGCCAGGAGCCACCUAUGGGGAGAGUUAUCCUGGAGCCAGAGGAGGCGAGAGCCCAGAGACAGGCAGAGAGAGAGGCAUUCGAGUUCAGAGCCCCUACCAAGCUCGCGACGUUGACAGUGGCGGCGGCGGGCCCAGUCGUACCUUUGGCAGUAGAGGAAGGGCGGCCACCAUCUAGCAGUGAGCCGACUCAAGGCUCAGCAGAGGGAUCCAUGGGUGUGCUCCUUUAGGCGGUGCAUACUAUGCAGGAGGAGGUGAGUUUGUUUUCACCUGAGCAGAGGAUAGAGGAGCCUCUUGAGA